AUGGACGACGUUCAACUCCGCACCGGGGAGGAGAUCGGCCCAGACCUACUCUCUGCGAUCCAGCAGUCCAGAAUCUCUAUUCCCAUCUUUUCGAAGAAUUACGCUUCUAGCAAAUGGUGCCUUAAGGAGCUCGUCAAGAUCGUUGAAUGCAGGAAAACCAUGAAUCAACAUGUCCUGCUCGUCUUCUACCAUGUUGAUCCCGCCGACAUCCGUCACCACACUGGGACCUAUGCGGAGGCUCUUCAGGAACACAACAAGCGUGUCGAUCAGGGGACCAUUGACGAGUGGAAAAAGGCUCUGACAGAGGUUGGGAAAUUGAAGGGACGGGUUUUGAAGGAAAUCGGAGGAGGGCGUGCUUUCAAAAGGGACCAAAUACCAGAGGAAUAUCUAGAUCUCUCAAAAGACAUCGUUAAGGAAACUAGAGGGCUUCCCCUGGCUCUUGAGGUUAUAGGUUCAAGUUUAUUUGGCAUGGAAAAAUUAUUUUGGCAAGAUAUACUGGAAAUGCUACAAAAUCAUUUUCUUGAUGCUAAAGUAUUGGAAAAGUUGAAAAUAAGUUUUGAUGGAUUAAUGUAUUGUGAGCAACAGAUUUUUCUUGAUAUUGCAUGCUUUUUCAAUGGAAUGGAUAAAAAUAUUGCCUGUUGGAUAUGGAAACAACAAAAGUAUUACCCCAACAAAGGAAUUAAGGUUCUUUGCCAAACGUCUUUGGUGAAGAUUGGUGAAAAUGGUGAACUAAAGAUGCAUGAUCUACUUAGAGAUCUUGAAAAGGAAAUCAUUCGUCAAGAAAACCUUAAGGUCCGCGGAAGGCAUAGUAGGUUGUGGUCUCAAGAGGAAGCCUUGGAACGGAUAAAGUUGGAAGGGCUCUGCAUUGACUUCGGAGACUUCAUGCCUUAUUUCUCAAAACUGAUAUGGCUUAGAUGGAAAGGAUGCCCUCCGGAAUUUACACUGAAGAAAUUUCAUCCAAUGAACCUGGUUGUUCUUGAUUUGUCUUAUAGUCUCAUCACAAAUAACUUGAUGGGUUGGAAGCACAUUAAGAGCUUAGUAGAGAUUGAAGGCCUCGAAGGGUUGGACUCCCUAGAGCUGUUGGAGAUGAUGAACUGCAGAUCAUUAAGAAAAAUUGGGAAAAUAUCCAUCUUGGGAAAACUGAAGGAAUUAAUAUUCAAAGAUUACUCAAUGUUGUCCGAGGUUGAAUGCCUUGAGGGACUGGACUCUAUGGAGCUGUUGACAAUAAAGGAGUGUGGAUCAUUAAGGAAAAUUGGGAAAAUAUCUGACUUAAAAAAAUUGGAGGAAUUAAAACUCGAGGAUUGCUCGAUGUUAUCCGAGAUUGAGGGCCUUGAGGAAUUGGACUCUGUUGAGUUGUUGACAAUGAAAUACUGUGGAUCAUUAAGGAAAAUUGGGAAACUAUCAAGUUUGAGACACUUAAACUUGAAGAGUUAA